AUAAGCCAGCAGUGAGCAUGCGCGAAGUGAAAGUGUUAGGACUCCUUAUGUCACACUGUUUGCCGGACGGGCCGAGCUGUGUGGCUUUACUCAAAAAAGGCGAAGCGGCAGAGAGGAACGGCCGCUCACGGUGAAAAAAUCCGCGCACCCUCUAUUUUGUCGCAUGUUUGGUGACGUCCAAUAAUCGACUGGCUUUGAAGUCUCCGGGCCGAGGCCUAGAGACUUUUUGUAACCCACGCUCUUAAAAUUUCGUUUCGAUGCCGAGAUUUUGGUGCCCGUUUUGACCGGGUGUGAACCGAUGAAGCGCUUUACUCUGUGACUGAGGCAGAAACGGUCGGAAACGUUAGCCAGCUAAUUUUAGCUACUGCUAACUGCCAGCGAGGAAGUGAGGAACGAAAAAAUGACAUCUCGGAGGUGGUUUCACCCCAACAUCACAGGUGUGGAGGCCGAAAACCUCCUGCUGACUCGAGGAGUGGAUGGCAGCUUUUUAGCCAGACCCAGUAAGAGUAAUCCAGGAGACUUCACCCUCUCAGUACGGCGAAAUGGAGCCGUCACCCACAUUAAGAUCCAGAACACGGGCGACUACUACGACCUUUACGGCGGGGAGAAGUUUGCCACGCUGGCCGAGCUGGUGCAGUAUUACAUGGAGCAUCACGGGCAGCUGAAGGAGAAAAACGGAGACGUUAUUGAGCUCAAGUAUCCACUCAACUGUGCAGACCCCACCUCAGAGAGGUGGUUCCAUGGACACCUGUCGGGCAGGGAGGCUGAGAAGCUGCUGACGGAGAAAGGCAAGAACGGCAGCUUCCUGGUGAGGGAGAGCCAGAGCCAUCCGGGGGAUUUCGUCCUGUCUGUCCGCACGGGAGACGACAAGACGGACAGCAGCGACAGCAAACCCAAAGUCACUCACGUCAUGAUCCGCUGCCAGCAUGACCUGAAGUUCGACGUGGGUGGAGGCGAGAAGUUUGACUCCCUCACCGACUUGGUGGAGCACUACAAAAAGAACCCCAUGGUGGAGACUCUGGGCACCGUGCUGCAGCUCAAACAGCCCCUCAACACUACUCGUAUUAACGCCGCAGAGAUCGAAAGUCGGGUUCGAGAGCUGAGCAAACUAGCGGAGGCCACAGAUAAGGUCAAACAGGGCUUCUGGGAAGAGUUUGAGACGUUGCAGCAGCAGGAGUGCAAGCUGCUCUACAGCCGCAAAGAGGGCCAGAGGGCAGAGAACAAAAACAAGAACAGAUACAAGAACAUUCUGCCUUUCGACCACACUCGCGUGGUGCUGAACGACAGGGACCCAAAUGAGCCAGGCUCCGACUACAUCAACGCCAAUAUCAUCAUGCCCGAGCUGGACUCGAAGAGUAACAGCGCCAAGCUGAAGAAGAGCUACAUCGCCACUCAGGGCUGUCUGCAGAACACCAUCAGUGACUUCUGGAGGAUGGUGUUCCAGGAGAACUCUCGAGUCAUCGUGAUGACCACCAAAGAGGUGGAGAGAGGGAAGAGUAAGUGUGUGAAGUACUGGCCAGACAUGUCGGCUCUGAAGGAAUACGGCGCGAUGCGAGUCCGCAACGUCAGAGAGACGUCUGCACACGACUACAUCUUAAGAGAGCUCAAACUGUCUAAAGUUGGACAGGGUAACACAGAACGUACGGUGUGGCAGUACCACUUCAGGGCCUGGCCGGAUCACGGCGUCCCCACUGACCCCGGCGGUGUGCUCGACUUCUUAGAGGAGGUCAAGCUGAAGCAGGAGAGCAUAGGGGACGCUGGCCCUAUCGCGGUACACUGCAGUGCAGGGAUCGGCCGGACGGGAACGUUUAUAGUGAUUGACAUCCUGAUAGAUGUGAUCAGAGAAAAAGGGGUGGACUGCGACAUCGACGUGCCAAAGACCAUCCAGAUGGUUCGAUCUCAGCGCUCUGGGAUGGUGCAGACGGAGGCGCAGUACAGAUUCAUCUACAUGGCUGUGCAGCACUACAUAGAAACGCUGCAGAGACGCAUCGAGGAGGAGCAGAAAAGUAAGAUUAAAGGGCGCGAGUACACCAACAUUAAGUACUCUUUGUCUGACCUGACGGGAGGAGACCAGAGCCCUUUGCCUCCUUGCACUCCGGUCCCCACCCCCACCUGCACAGAGAUGAGGGACGACAGCUCCAGAGUGUAUGAGAACGUGGGUCUGAUGCAGCAGCAGAAGAGCUACAGAUGAGAUUCACCUUUGACCCCAGUGCUCCAUCAGUUCCAGGAUCUCGAUACCUGACACUUCUUUCGCCAGCCACACCUUGACGCCUGAGACUUGACCACAUCAACAUGGAACAAUGGAAACACACACACACACGCACGCACGCACACACACACACACAAAACAAAAAGCAUGAGAGAGACCAGACACCAGAUGUUCUCGCUCAUCUUUAGACCAACAUUCGCCCUCGAGUUGAAUUCUAAACCACUGUGAUCAUCAGAAGAGCCUUUGCGAAGCCUAACGUACUAAACCACAGCUUGGGUUUAGUCUUUGUAAAUUUUCGCCACAACAAGGGCUUCAAACAGCGAGCGAGCGAGCGAGCGCUCUGCUCAGACGGGAAGACCGAGCGAAGACCUUUGCUCAUCUCUCUUUGUUUUUCGAUGUGUUUUUUUUUUCUUUUUCGUUUGUUUGUUUUUUUUAAAUUAACUAAAGCAGGAUUAUGUAGAUCGUUUGUAGACAGACGUGAGGAGUUUUCUGAAGGCCUGUGCCAAAAGAUUUUUACCCACAAUUCUCAGCCAAUUAAAAGUCUCUAAUCGGCCCGUUGGGCCUGUAAAGCAGAGGGAGACGAGACCUUAUUUGUGGACAAAAGUGGGGCAGAAAUUUUCCGUCUAGUUUUCAAUGUCUUCGUAGAGACUAAUGUGUCUGAAUGAAGAACUGUCAGCCUGUAAUAACACCACAUUUACUGUUGAUUUGUAAUCCACUAAACAUGAAUUCCUUUUUUCUUUCUUUUGGGCCUCGAAGAGAAACUUCGGUCGAGGCCGCUGGGAGUGUGAAUUAACUUUCCUGUUGGGUUUAACUGCUUCUGUUGGGACGCACGGCGUCUGUCGGUUAACCAUUCCUGAGCUCAAGCCGAAAGCCCUUAUCGCUGCACUUUGACUCUGCAGCGCGACAGCCACAGUCAAGCCUUCGUUCGCCUGGUGGAUUUAGAACUGAUCUGAUCCGGGGGGGUUUAGAGAGGGGAGUUUCUGUGGAGGAGGAGGAGGAGAAGCACAUGUUUGAUUUUCACUCCUCCUCCUCCUCCUCCUCCUCCUCCUUCAUGCCUGCACUCCUGUGUCAGAGUCAGUGUGACGACAUUACAGUUUCAGGGGAGUCUGUUGUGUAUCUCAGCUGCAGGCGUCGCCUCAGACGCACGGCUGCCAAAAAACUUUGUUUUUUAAGUUGUUUUUUUUAAAGUGCAUAUUACUUUUUUCAUUCUUUCUCUCUCUUUUUUUAAGACAAAUGCCUUUUGUGUACCAUUGCCUAUUUUGAGCACCACAUGUACUUAAUUUUAAGAGUCACUGUUUUAAGAAGCAAUCACACGUCACGCAGCCUUGGCACUAUCGAUAGCCACUGUUGGUGGUUGUAGAGUGUUGGUCCUGUGAUAGUCAGCUGGAUUCAGUAGUUUACACAUUCACAUGCACGCACACACACGCACACGCCAGUAUACAGGCUUCUAUAGGAGAAUAUUUUCUUUGUGUUUCUGUUAAUCAAAGUAAACCAUUUAAAGGAACGGUUCAACAUUUUGGGACAUUCAUACAUUAACUUUCAUGCAAAAGGUUAGACGAGAAGAUCGAUACCACGCUCGUAUCUGUACGGUAAACAUAAAGCCAGCAGCUGAUUAGCUUAGCUUAGCAUGAAGACUGGAAAGGAAGAAGCAGCGAGCCUGGCCUGUCUCCAGGAAGUCACUGCUCCCAGCCAAGAAAUGGUUCCAGCGACUUCUGGACGCCAACCGUGACUUCAUGUUUCUACAUUUGGAACAAAAGAUGAUUCCACUGGCAUGUCUCUGUGCCAGAUAUGAAGCUAAAUGCCAGCUGCUGAUUAGCUUAGCUUGAAGACUUGAAACGGGUAGGAACUGCUAGCUUGGCUCUGUGCAAACUAGCAAAAUCUGCCUGCUGACAAAGUUGUGCUCAGACAAAGCUAGCUCUUUCCCUUUGCUUCCAGUGUUUAUGCUAAGCUAAGAUGAUCACCUCUUAGCCCUAGCUUCAUAUUUGUUGGACAGACAUGAGAGUAAAACUCUGCAGGAAAGCAAAAAAAAAAGAUCUCCCUGAAUGUCUGACGGCUCCUUCACCGUCAUCUUCACAAUCAGCUGCAGUACUUGGGGAAGUGCAGCGUUUCGCGUCAGUGUACGACACCCGUUUCAAGCACGUGGCCUAAAGUGUUCUCCUUCGUCACGCCUUCUUGCUUGCCAUCACUGCGCCUUGAGAAACUGCAGCCUCACAAUCUGGAGAAAAGGCGGAAACGCAGGACGGUUCUCGACAUCCACUGAUUGAAGCAGCUUCUUUCUGUAAUGUUAGAAAUCAUGAAGUCGGUGUUUUCUUUUUUGUUUUGUUUUGUUUGUUUGUUUGUUUGUUUUUCGGGGGGGCUGCUUCCUGCCACCGGUGGACUCUGCUAACACCUGACUGCUGCUUCACAGCAAGUGUUCUUCUCCUCCCGAGCGAACUCUCGAGUCGUGAGAUCUCCUGUACUGUGGUGUACUGUAUGCAGUUUUACCAGAUGAGUUUGUACUUUGUGUAGUUGUGUUUUGUCCCCUGUGUGUGUGUGUGUGUGUGUGUGUUGAGAGUGCGGCUGCAUUAGGUUGCUUGGAUCAUUUCUUUUUUUUUGUUUGUUUUUUUGUUUUCUUUCCAGAUGAUAAAACUGCUUUUCAUUUAUCAUGUAAGCAAUUUAGAUGCAUAGAUGUGCCUUCUAUGCAUAUGCCUCUGUGUAUGUGACAGCUGUUCAAAACAAAACAAAACAAAACAAAACAAAACAGUGCUCUUUAGUUCCACCGCCAUUCAAGAACCUGUAACACGUGUAAAUGUGAAUUACUUCAUCUUGAACAAAAAAAAAAAACAAAACAAAAGAAAGGAAAAACGGUGAUCGCAAUGCAAACAAACUAUAUUUUUUAACAUGUAUAUUGUACAUGAGUACCCGGUAGAGGAGAAUGUACUUACUAAAACAUAUCUACUUGCCAAUAAGAUAUACUGUAUGUAUAUUCCUCCAGCUUUCUCCCUGUGACACAGCAGGGAGGGACCUCUCACAAAGCUUAAGAGGUUUAUCGUAUGUCUUUGAAAUGCAGUUAACCAUGUUAACUUCCUCAGUAACAAUAAAUGGCAGACUCAUGCCACAUUCAGA